AUGACCAAACUAUACGACGUAAUCAUCUCCGGAGCCGGCCCCGUCGGCCUCCUCCUGGCAUGCGAGCUUGGUCUCGCCGGCUCCUCCGUGCUCCUCCUUGAACGCGACGUCAAGCCCGAGUCGGCGUGGAAAAGCAAUCCCGUUGGCUUCCGUGGUCUCCACCUCCCCUCCAUCGAGCUCCUCUACCGCCGCGGCCUCCUCGACAAAUUGUACGACCUCUCCGAGCGGCCCCACCUGCCGCCGAAGGGGCCCGGCAUGCAGUUCGGCGGUCACUUCGCCGGCAUCCCGCUCAACCUCAACCAGCUCGACCUCAACCGCUGGAAGUACCGCCUUCCGGGCCCCUCGCUGAUGCCGGGACCCAUCACGAUCGACCGCAUCGAGGCGGUGUUGGCGGAGCGCGCUGAGAGUCUUGGUGUGACAAUCCUCAGGGGUCACGGGUUUAAGAGAAUCGUCAAAGAGAACGAUAACGACAUUACGGUCGAGGCGGGAGAGGAGGGGACGACCUUCAGGGGCAGGUGGCUCGUGGGCUGCGACGGCGGCCGCAGCGUCAUUCGCCACGCGGCCGGGUUCGAGUUCGCCGGGACGGAGGCGACCCUGACCGGGUACGUCGUCCACUGCGACCUGGAUCAUCCCGACAGGCUAGUGCCGGGGUUCCAGCCGACCAGGAACGGCAUGUACAUCUUCAGGAAGCCCGACACGGUCUACCUCAUGGACUUCGACGGCGGCGCGGGACGCACGCAGGAGCUCUCCCGGGAGCGGAUCCAGGACAUACUGAACCGCGUCACGGGGAAGACGGACGUGCAGAUCACCGCGAUCCAUCUCGCCACGGCGUUCACGGAUCGCAGCAAGCAGGCGACGGAGUAUCGAAGGGGGAGGGUCCUCCUCGCCGGCGACGCCGCGCAUAUUCACCCGCCCCUCGGAGCCCAGGGCAUGAACACCGGCCUCGGCGACGCCAUGAACCUGGGUUGGAAGCUUGCUGCGUCGGUUCGACGGGAGAGAGAGAACGGCGGCGGCAGCGGCGGGACCGACUACGAGCUGGUCGAUACGUACGAGAAAGAGAGGCAUCCGAUCGGGGAGUUCGUGCUGGAGUGGAACCGUUCACAGGUCGCGGCGCUCCGGCCUGACGAGACGGGGUACGCGGUACAGAAGCUCAUCCGCGAUCUCAUCAACACUGAUGACGGGGUCAACCACUUCAUCGAUCGCGUAUGGGGUCUUUCGCAGCGAUACGAUCUCGGCGGCGAGGCUCACCCGGCUGCCGGACGGAGCACGCCGGAUUUCACGUUUAUGGAUGGCUCGAGGCUUGGUCCGAAGAUGGAAGGUGGACGGGGCAUCCUCGUCGAUUUUGAGAAUGACGGGGAAUUUAAGGAUCUCAUUGCCAACGGGGCAUACGAGGGCCGAGUCGACUACAUCGGCGCGGAUGUUGAAGACAGGCGCGGGAUCCGCGCCCUCUUGAUAAGACCAGACGGAUUUGUUGCAUGGGCGGUGGAGGAGAAAUCAGAAAAUGAUAUUGAUGGUCUAAAGAAGGCGCUGGAGAAGUGGUUUGAGUUCUAG